UGUCACACUUGACGCCGUCAAACUUUGCCUUACAUCACCUGUCAGUGGGUGUGCGUGUUUACGAAUGGCUCGUGCGGCAGUGUGCGUGUAGCGACCCUGUCCUCCUCCAGCCUCCGACAUGACCUGCUCUCCGGGCUGGCUGUGGACUCUGGCCGCCGGGCUGCUGGCCGCGCUCCUCCUGCAGAGGCUCCGCUUCCCUCUCUUCUGGAGGGACUUCUUCUUUCUGUCCAAGGUGAUCAGGUACGGGCUGAAGCUGGAGCUGUUCAAGCUCACGUUCAGCGUGCGGACGGUGCUGGACCGGUUCGUGGAGCAGGCUCGGCGCGUGCCCGACAAGCCGUUCGUGAUCUACGAAGGAGCGGUCCUCACGUACCGGGACGUGGAGCUGCGCAGCAACAGGUUGGCGCACGUGUUCCUCCAGCAGGUGGGCCUGAAGAAGGACCAGUGCGUCGCCCUGCUCAUGAGCAACGAGCCCGACUUCCUGUGCGUGUGGUUCGGCUUGACGAAGCUCGGCUGCUCGGUGGCGUUUCUCAACACCAACAUCAGGUCCAAGUCGCUGCUGCACUGCUUCAACUGCUGCGGAGCCAAAACUCUCAUCGUGGGUUCAGAUCUAGUGGAUUGUCUGGAUGGCAUCCUACCCAGCCUUCUGGAGGACAACAUUCAGGUGUGGGUCAUGAAGAGCCAUAGUGAGCACACACUGGUGCACACCCUGCUGGACAAGCUUGACGCUGCAUCUGAUCAGCCGGUGCCAGCAGAGCUACGAGCCACCAGUAGUAUUAAAACCCCCAUCCUCUACAUCUUCACCUCUGGAACAACAGGCCUGCCCAAGGCAGCAGUAAUCACUCACCUCCAGAGUCUAAAGGCAGCGGCAGGUUUUUGGGCUUUUGGUGCAUGUGAAGAUGAUGUGAUUUACAUCCCUCUGCCACUCUACCACACCGCAGCAUCCUUGAUCGGGAUCGGAGGAACCAUAGAGCUAGGAGCAACCUGCGUCCUGAAGAAGAAGUUCUCAGCCUCCCAGUUCUGGACCGACUGCAGAAAGCACAAUGUGACCAUUUUCCAGUAUAUCGGUGAACUCUGCAGGUACCUCUGCAAUCAGCCUAAGACAGAGUUGGACAAAGUUCACAAGGUGAAAAUGGGAGUUGGGAACGGGCUGCGACAGGACGUCUGGCGGGAGUUCCUAAGUCGCUUUGGGAACGUGAGAAUGUGCGAGGUGUACGGCUCCACCGAGGGAAACCUGUGCUUCAUGAACCACUUGGGGAAGAUUGGAACUGUGGGUCGCUCCAACUUCCUCUACAGACUCCUGUUCAAGUACGAUCUGGUGAAGUACGACAUGGUGAAGGAUGAACCGGUGAAAGACCAGAAUGGUUUCUGUCAGCGAGUAGAGAGGGGAGAGACGGGUCUUUUGCUGUCCAAGGUGUGCGCUGUCAGCCCCUUCUUCGGCUACGCUGGAAGCAAACAGCUGACUGAGAAGAAGCUGAUGAAAGAUGUUUUUGUGAAGGGAGAUGCCUACUUUAACACAGGGGACCUCAUGGUGGAGGAUCACGAGGGCUUCAUCUGCUUCAGAGACAGAGUGGGAGACACGUUCAGGUGGAAAGGUGAAAAUGUUGCAACCACAGAGGUAGCAGAGACGCUUGGGCAGGUGGAUUUUAUUCAGGAAGUCAACGUGUACAGAGUGGAAGUACCAGGGCAUGAGGGCCGAGCAGGAAUGGUGGCCAUGAUCGUAAGACCUGGUUCCUCGUUCGAUGGGAGAAAACUGUUCGAGCAUGCGGUGAGGGAUCUACCAGCGUACGCUCGCCCGCUCUUCGUGAGGCUUCAGGAGGUGAUGGAGACGACGAGCACCUUCAAGCAGCAGAAGUUCCAGCUGGUGCAGAGCGGCUUCAACCCCUCGACCAUCUCCGACCUGCUCUACGUGUUGGACUACCAACAGAAGAGCUACGUCUCCCUGACGGACCAGAUCUACCAGAGCAUCGUCAGAGGAGAGCGCAAGCUGUAGACCAACGUGACGGCGUGGAACAAGAGCGUGACCAACCUGCAGCCGCUUUGGAGGAAGCCGUCGACCAAUCAGACGAGAGGAGGAACACGAUGAGCCUGAACGCAUCACCUCAAGUCACCUGCUCUUCAAACUGCCUUUAAUUAGCAUUUAAAUCAAACGAAACCCAUUAGGCUAGAAAAGUAGCAUUUUGUGGCAAAUGAUCUAUUUUUGUUUUUGUUUGUUUUUAAGAGACUGUUAUGGCUCAGACACGCACUGCGGCAGAACGGACACGUUUUAGAUCACAAAAUAUUCAAAAGUACUCAGUACUUUUAUAGUAAAGUGGGUUUUACAACAAAAAAAAUAAAUUAAAUAAUGAGCACUGUUUAAUUUAAGCCUUUGAAGCACUUUAACUGUCCAGUGAAGAUUUAUUUGGGAGUUCAC